CGCCGCCGCCGCUUCCACCACCACCACUACCGCUCUCUCGGUAGUCGUGGUACACACGAUCGGUGCGAAAAACAUCGUGCGAUGCUGAAUAGUGCUCUCGUAGUAGUCGUGGUUGUACAGCGAGCGAAACGCGUCGAUACGUACUGCUUCUUACGUACGACGAUCGACCGUCGCGAGGAAGAAUGUUUUUAACACGUAAAAUGUUGUCCGGACCAUUCUAAAAGCCGCUUUCGUUACUCUUGAUUCUUUCCGUGCGUUAACGCGCAUUUGUUCGAAUCGCUCCAAUCGCAGCUUUUUCGCCGAGCACAUUCGAUCCCCCCAGGAUAUCCUUAUGACUGUGAAAGAAACAAAUUUGGUGCGUCUCGAUGUCGCCAUCAUCAACAACAUUUUCCUCUUCGCCGUCGUCAUCGUCGUCGAGUAUUACGUACGACGGUAGCGAGAGAUCCCUACGAACGAUGAUGAUGAUGACGAUGAUGACGAUGAUGAUGAUGAUGAUUUAUUCGUUACGCGUGUGAAACUUCUUUGCGCGUAUACGUGUUUUCUUCUCGUUUUCGUGCACACGUGAAUCGGUGUGGAUACGACUGCUUUUCCGUGUGCGUGGUUCUAUGGUACACGCGUGUUUCGCUGCAUACGAUCCGUGCGUUGCAGCGACACCAUUUUUUUUAGCGCAUUAGUGUCACCGGUGCGUAUGAUCGGCGAUCGUGGACGGUGUACAAAACCGUCGUCAAAGUGCAUCGCCUCUCCUUUGAGGACGAAGACGACGACACAGUGACUACGAACAGUACAUAAGUGUCAUGGAUCUCGGUGACAGGGUUUACGCCGCCGAGCGGAUCACGAAGAAAAGGGAAAGGCGGGGAAAAGUGGAGUAUUUUGUUAAGUGGAAAGGAUGGAGUAAAAAAUAUAACACAUGGGAACCCGAGGAAAAUAUUUUAGACGUGAGGCUGAUCGAAUUGUACGAGGAGAGUUUAAAAAGCGGAGACGUAUCUACGAGAAGGCCAAGGCGAAGGGAUACGAGAUACAAUGAGCAAGUAUUGGCCAAUCUCGUGGUUGUCGAAGAACCUGGUGGAGACGAAAGAGUGGGAGAAGAUAGUCAGGACGAGUCAACGACGGGUAGUACGUCUGCACCGCAUUUGAAUCACGUCGCACCGGACGAGGACACGUUACCCAGUUCGUUGGACGGACAAGAAUCUCCUACGCCACCCGAGCUAUUGGCAUCGACGUUUAGCGUCGACUCGGACAGUUCGAACAGUAGCGUUGAUAUAGCCUUACUUCCGAGGAGAGAACCAGCUGGUACCAAGAGAAAAGCCGAGGUUCUCAGCAAGGAGUCUGGAAAAAUCGGCGUUACGAUUACUACCAGCAGUCCAAGCAGCGGCAGCAGCGGUAGUCCGCCACCGAAUAAAAUACCACGUUUGUUGCCAUUAAAAGGCAAUUCACCGUCGUCUUAUCACGGACACAAGGUAAACGGUAGAAGGCCGUCGUCCUCGAGCGUGAAAUCCACGCCCGAAGAACCAUUACCAGCAGUGCCAACGACAUUGGCCCCGCCGAUACAAGACAAGAAACGACCGGAAGCCGACGUACCUCAUGGUCCACCACCCUCUUUACCUCGUACUCCGUCAACCGCUUCUCUGUCUCCUCAAGUGGACACACCUCUGGAUCAACCGGUGAAAAAGAGGCAUCUACCCGAACAAAAACAAGAAAAGACUAGCAAUUCCACGACGGUAGAUGCGAACGGUCACAAAUCACCGAGUCCUACGGAUUCCUACACGAAUAACAAUAGGUUAACCGCGAUAGUCAAUGGCCAUCAUAGCCACGAUAAUAAUGUUAAUAAUAACAAUAACAACAACAACAACAACAACAACAAUAAUAAUAAUAACAACAACGCGACGAGCAUUAAACAAACUGAAAUAACGAGGCCCGAGAUGUACGUUCCUUUGUCGAGUCCCGGUACGGAGUAUUGGCAUGCGAGAAAUCCGGUUGCCGAUCAAGUCUUCAUAACGGACGUCACCGUGAAUCUUAAAACGGUUACCAUUAGAGAGUGUAAGACGGAAAAGGGAUUUUUUCGCGAGAGAGAUCCCAAAAGCGACAUUUAUUAACCCGUUCUAUGAAAGAAAGAGAAGGGACGGAUACUCCCUUUGACUCGUUGUAUUAAAUCGCUGUAAAUACAUAAAUUAUUUUCACACAUCGAUUAUUAUGUGUCUGCGCAAAUCGUCGUCGACCUCGUUGUCGACCUCGUCGUCGUCGUCGUCGUCGUCGAGCGAUUAAAAAAAAAAAAAAAAAAAAACUUACUUUUUAACGAUUUAAUUGUAUAAACUCGCGGUUGCGUUGAGAGACGUUUAAUGAUAGAAAUGAAUAAAUCGAGAGACGUCGUAAUUUAUGCUUUCUCUUGCUUCUUCUUACGCUGCAACGAUCACGAAAAUAGUUCUUGUAAUUACGUUACUGUACAUUGAAUUUUUUUUCAUUUUCUUUGAAUUCUUGCAAAGAAACGCGAGCUACUAGUAGAAAGGUGUGUGUAUGAGAGUAUGUGUGAGCGUGUCCGUGAAACUGCAGUAUGAUGGUAAAUAUUAAUAAAUAUUCGUGUAACGCCAUUAUCGGUAAAACAAGAAAAAAUAAAAACGACAUUGUGAUCGCACGACAAAUUUGCAGAGAGUAAAAAUAUUAAUGAAAUGAUGCGCACCGUCGAGUUAUUACGAUACAAUACGCACUACAGUGCAUGUUUUGAAACGCUUUAUAGAACUUAGCUGCUCUAAAAAUGAGAGAGAGAAAGAAAAAUAAGUAUAAUGUGCGUCGAAUAGUACACGAUUGUGUAUAAUUACUCGCAAUUAAUCUUUAUUUGCGUUUAAAAUUGGUUUUUCUAUAUAUUUUUUUUCUUUUUCUUUCUUUCCUUUUUCUUUUUUCUUUCUUUCUUUUUUCUUUUUCUUGAAAAACGCGCAAUUAAACUAAUUUAUAUCUUACGAAUACGAAAAUUUUUUUUCUUUUUUGUCUCUUCUUUCUUAUCUUUUUUUCUUUUUUAAAUUUCUUUUGGUAAAACGUGUUCUCCGAAGGAAAUAAAUUUUAUAUCGUACAUGUUUUCGUCUUUCUGUCAUUUACGUUACAUUGUAUUAGUUGAUUCGCGUUUUGUAAUUUUUAAACGGACGUACUACGGAUAUACCGAAGAAAUACGUAUGUAGAUCUUGAGUCUGUUACGUUAACAUAAUAAGACUAUACAUACAUUCUUAGGGCAGAUUCCAUUGAGAAUACGUAAAAUCAGAUUAUGCGCUACCGUGAGAUCCGUUGCUUCUCUUUAUCUUUUUUUUUUUUUUAAAUUAGCGAAGUUAGACCUGUGAAGUUUAGCUUCAGUGUAGAGAGCAGCAAAUAAACGCAUGUCGAUGUUAUUUGCUGCCUGUCAGACAUGCGUUACGCGUUAUUUUGAAUGUAAUCAUACAGUAACACGUAGCGUGCGUAAAGUACAUAGGUAACGGCGUCGAUGGAGAAUCAAUCACGCGCUCAUAUGUAUUGCUAUAUUCGAAAUAUAUAUUCGCUGCAACCCACGUUUGGCGGACAACGAAAUUUCGUGCGUCAUUUGUCGCUCUUCUACACUGGACCUGAAAGUUUAAUAAGUUUAUCAUAACAGCCAAUGCAUUUGUUUUAAUGACAAGUUUCUUGUUUUGAAUGAAUUCGAACGAAACUUAUAUAACUUUACGUUUAAAUGUCUAUUUGUAUUGAAAAAUAUUAUAUAUAUAUAUAUAUAUAUAUAUAUAUAUAUAUAUAUAUAUAAACGAGAAAAAAGAAAAAAAAGAGAAAAAAGAUACUCGAGAUUCCAGAAGUUUCUAAAACAUGCAAUUUGAUUUGUAAACGAAAAUCGCGAGUAUUUUAUCAAAUAGAUGUUCCUACUUCGAACAAAUUAAAGUUUUAAAUAUCCGUUGUCAUUGAAGCUUUUCACAUUAGGGGGAGGGAGGGGAAUAAAAAGCGAACUCGCGCCGUUUGACAUGUAUCGAUUAUUUAUUUAAAUUAAACCGCAUCACGACUACUAAAAAUUUUGCAUUCGUAAUGUAGUGUUGUGGUCGUAUGCACGAUGAUAUCCUCGUCGAAGAAAGAUUUCUUGCGAUGUUACUUUUCGCUUGUCGAUAAUUUGUCCUUUUUUUUCUUUUCUUUUCUUGCCUUUUCUAUUCUUCGCUUGCCUUUUUCUUCGCAUAAAACUUGACACGUACAGAUGUAAAAUUAAAAAUUAUCGUUGCUCGCAGCGUAAGGCAAAGCGUGCCCAAAACUAUUGACAGAGUAAGUGCUCUCGCGUUCCCGAACGUAAUCGCGUAUACAUAUAGCUACGUUAAGGUUCGUACGUCUUUCGUAUUCGGGGAUAGUUGUGUAUAGAUAAGUUCAAUUUCCCAGCAAUUUAAAUUGCGAUGGCGAAAUGAUUACAAGGUAAGAAAAGAAAAUGAAAAAAAAAUCGGAAGAAUUGUUGUGUAAUCUUAAAACGCUGUAUAUUGAAGAGAUAUCAUGUAAAAAUUGUAAAUAUCAAAUGGAAAAAAAAAAGAAAAAAAAAAUAAUAAUUCGCGCUCUGGAUUAUAAAUCUUUUAGUCGAUAAAAAUUGUAAAUAGCGAAAAGGAAAAAGAAAACAGCAAGCAGAAAACCCCAUUGAAUCUUUAUGCAUAAAAAGUGCAACUGCAGGUCUAGCGAAAAACUCCUGUCUAGGUUUAGAAUUUUCAAAUAGACUGUGCGCGUACCUUCGAUAUUGUUUGUGUACUUAUAAACAUUCAAACUACUUAUAAAGUAAGCAUGAGAAAAAAUAAAUAACGCAGUGGUUACGCAGGUAUGUACAAUAUGUGAACCCCAGUAGUAGUACCAAAUUCAGCAGUAAUUUUAGUUCUGUCUGGUACAGAUUCCUUAUAUUUCAAUAAAAUCUUUACUCGAAGAUAUAAGCUCGAUAGUCGUCCGACCUUCUGAAACGGAUCCAUUGUAUUAACGUUCCAUUUAUAAUUCCAGAUUUCUCUCUCCAUUAUUCUUAUAGAUGGAUUACAAUUAGGUAUUCCAUAAAUUAUACCGCUUAAUUUGUAAAUUACAUUCGUUUUAAACAAUUCAAUACAUAACUCAGUCUUUAACAAAA